AGUGUCCUGGUCCGCAUUGAUAAAGCCCUUUGUUCAGAACGGUCUGGGGCAGCAGCGGUUAAGACGAUGGAGUGCCCAGAUGGUCGCAGUGCUGGCUGCGAUCACGCUCCUCCCUGAUUGGUCUUUCUUCUGCGUGGUGACACCUGUAAGAUGAGAUGUCAGACUGUGGAGUUCAGCUGCUGCCUCAAUGCGUACAGCCCUGAUCCUGGCUCUUAUUUUCACCUGCAUGACCAUGUCUGGCCUAGCCAAAGCCUCAAACACUCUGAAAUCUGUAGAUUAUGAAGUCUUUGGCCGUGUUCAGGGUGUAUGCUUCAGAAUGUAUACAGAAGAUGAAGCCAAGAAGGUUGGAGUGGUUGGAUGGGUGAAGAAUACAAGGCAGGGGACUGUAGCGGGCCAGGUACAGGGUCUUGAAGACAAAGUCAGCUCCAUAAAAGCCUGGCUGAGCAAAGUGGGCAGUCCUAGUUCCCGGAUUGAUCGAACCGUAUUUUCUGAUGAAAAGGAGAUCUCUAAACUUCAGUACAAUGGAUUCAGCACCAGAUACUGAAGCAAUGCCGUAUACAACUGCUGGAUAAUGACUAG